AUGAGGGCGUCUUCCAGGGCGACUGGAAACGGGACACCUUUGGAAAGACGUCAGGAUCGAGGAGCCAGUGUUAGCGCAAUGUCUAUUGACCAUGCGUUUGUCCGGAUAAUGCGUCAAGCAGUUGCCGCAAUCUUGCUGCAGAACAAAAUCGAAGGAGCAACGAUGUCGGCAUUGGAUAUUCUAGGAAAUUUGGCUGCGAUGCGUAUGUUUUUGGUUUUUAUUUAUAUUUUUUGUUUAGACAUGAAUGAGAUCUGCCGAAGGACAAGAUUGCUGGUGGAGAACUCAGGACGAUCCAAAGUUACGGCACAUGAUAUCGAAUUCGCUUGUCGCGAUUUAGAGAUUAGCAUUGGGGAUUUAUGCGAUUAUAUUCAGAGGUUUUUAAUUGACCCGAAUUACCCUUAUCUUCCGGAACGUAAGAUUUAUUACUUUUAAAUUAAUAUGCGAUUUUAGCUAGGACAGUGUCGCGUAAACCGCAAGAAGCUCCCAUGCACAUUGGAGAACCAGCUCCGAGACCAUCCCACGUCUUGCCCUUUCUUCCUCCAUUCCCUGAUCCACACACUUAUAUUAGAACACCUGUAAUUUUAUAGUUUGUUUUUAUUCACCGGCUUUAUUUUUAGAUAAACAUUGAACCAGACGUGAGUUAUGUCCGUCAUCGAGAGCUAUGCGCCAAAAAUAAACGGGAUACGGAUUACACGUUGAUUACUUACUUUACAACCAAGCAUCCAACGAUAUCCUUAUUCAGAAAGUACGAAGAAGAGGUCCGAGCGGAAGUAAAAGAAGAGGUAAUGUUUGGUUGUUGUCUUAUAUUUAUUUUUUAUAGUUGAGACGUCGGGAAGAGCGGCGGAAAGAAAGGAUAGAAGCAAGAAUAUUGGCGGCUAGAAGGAAACGAUUAGAAAAAGAUUUAUCCGAAAUGCCGACGAAUGGAACGACAUUGCCAGAGGAUUUUUUGGAAGAGGACGAUCCAGCGGUGGCUAAUGGAGUCGGUAACGAUGAUCUGGCACAAAGAGAAGCGAUUGAAAAGGAGAUUGAGCUGGAAGAGUUGACCGAAGUACAAGUGACAGAAAACUCAUUGAUCAGACAAAGACUUCGGCCGGCAUAUCAAAGUAAGUGGUAGUUAACCGAUCGUUUCGAGAAGUUUUGCUGCAGAAUCUAAUAUAAAUUUGUUUUAGUUCUGCUUCCGUUUGAUGAUGAUCGGCCCUACCUGAAUGCCCUUCUGCCUCCAGAUUUUGAUGAACAGAAAGAACGCGAGAAAGAACAACAGCAAGAAGAACAAGUGAAUCCUCAAAUCUACCCAGAUAUGUUAACCUCAGACCCCGUUGAUAUCCCAGAAAAACCAAAGUCCAAAUCAAAGAAACACAAAUCCCAGAAUCUUUCAAAUGCCGAACCCAUGGAUACGGCCGAAUAA